GAGUUGGCCUCUCAACCGCGACGUGCUCUUCCUUCGCCCCCCUCUUCAUCUCUCUCUCUCUCUCUCUCUCUCUCUCUCUCUAGUUUCUCUCUCUAGAACCCAUUCGUAUUUUCUCUCUCUAGAACCCAUUCGUAUUUUCUCUCUCUACUUCUUCAAGUCCAGUCCUUCGCCUGAGCGCCGAAGUAGCCAGGGUUAAAAUGUGUCAGUUCUAGGCAAAGCAAGUACAAAGAUGAGCUGUGAGUUGAAUGAAAGGAUUUGCAACAAGGUCCUUUCAAAUGGGGAUACUUACAGUGGAAACAUUGAUGGACUACUUCCUCAUGGUAUGGGAAAGUAUACUUGGAUAGAUGGAACAGCGUAUGAGGGUGAAUGGGAGGAAGGCAUAAUAUCCGGAAGAGGACGAAUUUGUUGGUCAUCAGGAUCCAUAUAUGUGGGUGACUUUCGUGGAGGUUUCCUUCAUGGUUCCGGCACUCUUUUUGCAGUUGAUGGAUCAAUUUAUAAAGGUUCUUGGAGAAUGAAUAUAAAACAUGGCCUUGGAACAAAAACAUAUUCUAAUUCCGAUGUUUAUGAGGGUUCUUGGAAAGAAGGAAUGCGGAAGGGUAAUGCAAAAUACUGGCGCAAUGGAAAUACAUAUAUUGGGAAGUGGAAAGCUGGAAAAAUGAAUGGUAGAGGAGUUAUGAAAUGGGUUAAUGGUGAUGUCUUUGAUGGCAUUUGGUUAGAAGGAUUGGAACAUAGUUCUGGUUAUUACAAGUUUGCAGACGGUGCAUGUUAUUUUGGAACAUGGAGUAGAGGUCUAAAGGAUGGAAGGGGGACUUUUUAUCCGGCUGGAAGCAGGCUUCCUUAUCAUCGUAAGUACUGUGAACCUGAGAGUCUUUCUCCUGCAUUGUUGAGUUGUGAAGGACCGGAUAAUAGCAGAGCAAGUUCAAAAAGGAAUUGUUUUAAUAGGUGGAAUAUAAAUAACUGUUUUAGACAUUCAGGACGAAUAUCACAUGGAGCUACUUCAUUAGACGAGGUUUUGGAUGGUGGUGAUUCAGCUGGAAACAUUCCAUCACAGAGGAAUGCACUCAUGUUGCCCUCUUCAUCAGUCGAUGCUCAAAAUAGUAGGGGUGUUGUCUAUGAUAGGGAAUAUAUGCAAGGGGUUUUGGUCAAAGAGCAAGUAAGAGAUCAUGACUCCAGGAUGCAACAUAAAAGUAAACGGAAGCAUAAAGUUGACGCAAAACAAGUAAAGGGGCCAGGUCAAACUAUUUAUAGAGGUCACAAGAGCUAUUUCUUGAUGCUGAAUUUGCAGCUUGGGAUUAGAUACUCUGUGGGAAAAAUCACACCUGUGCCUAUGCGUGAAGUUCUUUCCUCAGAUUUUGGUCCCCGAGCUAGGAUAAAGAUGUAUUUUCCUGGCAAGGGAUCCCAAUUCACACCUCCUCAUUACUCAGUUGAUUUCUUCUGGAAGGAUUAUUGUCCAAUUGUUUUCAGGAAUCUGCGUGAAAUGUUUAAGAUAGAUGCUGCGGAUUAUAUGAUGUCCAUUUGUGGGGUUGAUGGUCUAAAGGAGCUUUCUUCUCCCGGAAAAAGUGGCAGCAUAUUUUAUCUUUCACAAGAUGAAAGAUUUGUUAUCAAAACUCUUAGAAAACGCGAACUCAAGAACCUAUUGAAGAUGCUUCCCAAGUAUUAUGAGCAUGUUGGAGCCCAUGAAAAUACCCUCAUAACAAAGUUUUUCGGUCUCCAUCGCAUUACAAUAAGAGGCAGAAGGAAGGUCAGGUUUGUAGUAAUGGGGAAUAUGUUCUGCACUGAUUUGCACAUCCAUCGCAGAUAUGACUUGAAAGGUUCUACUCAGGGAAGAUCAACAAGCAAGAGUAACAUUAAUGAGAACACCACCAUGAAAGAUCUUGAUCUUUCAUAUGUCUUCCAUUUGGAAAAAUCAUGGCGAGAGUCACUUUUCAGACAAAUCUCUCUCGACUGCAUGUUUCUGGAAUCACAAUGUAUAAUUGAUUACAGCAUGCUGAUGGGGUUGCAUUUUAGAGCUCCAGAACAUUUGAAGGCCCUCGUAGGACCUCGAGAUACGCUUGAAAGUAGACCAAGCCCAUCAGCAGAUGAUUUUGGUGUCCAAUUGGAAGAUGAGAUCACAAUUCCGCCAACAGGCCUGCUAUUAGUAAGGCAUGAACCAGGUUCGGCGAGUACAGUUCCGGGUUCACAUAUUAGAGGAAGCAUGUUAAGAGCAUCAGCGGCUGGCGAUGAAGAAGUCGACCUUCUUUUGCCUGGUACAGGAAGGCUGCCAGUGCAGCUAGGAGUGAACAUGCCAGCCCAAGCAAACCGGAAGCUCCUCCAUGAUGGAGGAGGCAGCCCAAAUGCAGCUGAAGUUGAUCUUUUCGAGGUCUACGAUGUUGUCCUCUACCUAGGGAUCAUAGAUAUACUGCAGGAGUACAACAUGACCAAGAAAAUCGAGCACUCUUGCAAAUCCCUCAAGUUUGACCCCAUGUCCAUUUCUGCUGUGGAACCCGCGCUGUAUUCUAAGCGCUUUAUUGGGUUUCUGGAGAAAGUUUUCCCGGAACAGAUUUGAAGUCCGUUGUGGGUCGUAGAUUUGUGUAAAUUAGAUUAUUUUUUUUAUUCUUUUACCUUGUUACCGUUGUAUUCUCGAGUACGAGUUGAUACUACAUUCUGCCUGAAAAUGGCUGUAAAUAGUUAUCGCUUGCUGUGUUUGUGGGUAAAUCAUGUGUAGAACUACAGAUAGAAGGUUGCACGAAAUGGAUAUGAUUUGGCUUCGUCCACCGUUUUUCA